AUGACUAACAGCUCUCCACCGUCGAUUCUGCCAGAUGUACCAGGCUCGUUAGACGGCCCAUUGUUAGAGUCACAGAACUCGAAUACGCCAACAGGUACACCAAGUUCUCCACCAUCGAUUCUGCCUGAUGUACCAGAUUUGUCUGACGGCGGGCCGUCAGAAUCACAAAACACGAAUACGCCAACGGGUACACCAAGCUCUCCACCAUCGAUUCUGCCUGAUGUACCAGAUUUGCCUGACGGCCAACCGUCAGAAUCAGAAAAUACUAAUACGCCAACGGGUACACCAAGUUCUCCACCGUCGGUUCUUCCUGAUGUACCAGAUUUGGUAGACGGCUCACCGUCAGAAUCACAAAACUCUGAUACGCCAACGGGUACACCAAACUCUCCACCUGAUGCACCAAACUUGUCUCCUGAGUCAUCGUUGGAUUUACCGAAUUCUCCAUCGCAAGAUUCUCCACCUAAUGUUCCAUCACCAGACUCUCCAUCUGUUUCGUCGCCAGACUCUUCGUCUGACGUUCCACCGUUGGAUUCUCCAUCUGAUGCUCCAUCGGACUCUCUUCUCGAGCCCCCAUCUUCUGUACCUCCGUCGUCCAAACCUCCAUCACUAGACUCCCCAUCCGAGCAUCCGCCCUCUGAGCCUCAAUCAUCCGUACCUCCGACCUUUGAGCCCCCAACAUCCGUGCCGCCAUCUUCCGAGCCUCCGUCCCACAUGCCUUCGUCAUCAAAGUCUGCGUCUAAGGAAUCACCAACGGAAGACAAUCCGUCAAAGUUGGACGAGGUGGAAACUCCAGCUCUAGAUGAAAUCGUUGAGUCCCCCGCUCCUGUAACUGCUAAACCACUUGAUCGUAGCGAUAUUUCUUUUGAAUCUCCAACAGGUGAGCCAGAAUUACCUGUCGUGACAAAGUCACCUCUCGCCAUUGAGACGAAUCCGAUUGAUGAGGAUGAAGUUGGGGAAGUACUGGAGCAGAAUGCGAUAGAACAAGCAGAACAGACACAAUCGGAUGUCAUCAUGUACGAUGCGUCGUCAACUCCAAUACCAGCCAAGAAAGGUCUAUCUGAUCCAUUUGCCAUUCCCGACAUAUCAACCUCAACGGUGCAGCCUGUGGUACUUAAUAUUGGAGGAACUACUAGUAUGAGUGAGCCAACGAAUCUCAUGACAUAUGUUCGAGGAAAAACAACAGCGUCUGACAGUUCGAUGGCGGAUACUCCUCCCAAUGUUAUUGGAGGACGAAAUACGUACGUGGACACGGAGGAUAGUGACAUUCUCUCGGCAUCUACAUCUGCUUUGCAUGACUUUUUGCGAUACUCUUCCGUGGCAUUCGCUGGUAUAUCAUUGGCGCUGUUGCUCUUUUUCCAUUUUGUUUCUCUAGAUGCGACUUUAUUGUGGGUCAAUGCGGCGUGGAGUCCAAACACAUGGGAAUUUAUAUUUUACAUUAGUUAUUUGCAGCAAAUGCAAAUUACUUCAGAACUCACACUACUCAAGACGCCAUACUUUUUAUGGGAUUACACAGAUUCAUUUGCCUGGAGCAACUUUUUAAUUCAAGACACAACGUCUACCGGUUCACCUGACUCUCGUCGACUUGAAACAAUUAUCUUGGGUGGAUUGGUCUCGUACGCGGACCGAAUUGGUAUUCCCGAAGAUAAUUUAUUGAUCCACGGUGCCAUUGGUUUUGCUGUGAUUAUGGGAAUCUUAGUCACCGUGUUUCUAGUACUAGCAGUGCUUGCCAAACGCAAAGCAGAGCGUGCUUUAGACGACUCAUCGGAUCUUUCAAAUUAUACAUCGGGUGUCCAUCGUCUUCGUAGCGUUUCAAUUCGUGCAUUGGGUCUAUGCGUACUCGUUUGGUACUUUGCACUCUUUCCUUUGAGUAUGCUAGCAUCUUUUGAAAUCUCGAUGGAAGUGCAAGCUGCGGUAGUAGCAGAUCCACUGAUCGUCGCCAUUAUUGCGCUCGUCCUCGUGUGUUUUGGUGUAUUGGCUAUUGCUGGACGUGUUAUCAUGCACAAAUCAAAGGAUGAACUAGAACAAUUUGAAAAUUUAGCUACUUGGGGCUCAUUGUAUUGCGAGUAUACGUACCGCAGUCGCAUGUUCUUCGUAAUUGACGUUGUUGCUCAAAUUUCAACUGGUGUCCUAGUAGGCUGCGUAUCAAACGAUCCAACACAGCUAAUUGCUGUCAUGGCUAUUCAAGCCUUUUAUCUCGCGUGUGUUUUUAUCAUGUCACCAUUUGCAGAUGAAAUGGUGCUUCGUAUCACGUACAUAUUGGGUUUGCUUAAGAUGCUAAAUUUUGGCUUGGCGUUUGCAUUCUUGGGUACCAAUACCAUGUCGGCCACUUCUCGUUCACGCAUAGCUCACGCUUAUAUUGGGAUUAACUCGAUUGUGAUAAUUGUGUGGUUUGUACGCCAAUUGGUUGUCUUUAGUACGUACAUUCGUGCGUGGAUGGCGCGUACAAAUGAAGAAAAUCAGCGCAAUGGCUCAACACUAAAGUACGAACGUCAUACGGACACCGAAUCGGAAUUAUGGGCUAGUCAUUUCACGGUCAAUGGAAACCAAAAUCGAGGAGUUACGAAUCAGUUUGAUCAGAACGCGACACUUUCGUUUCCAGGCGAUACGUCAAUGCAGUCGAUGCAGUCGAUGCAGCCGUCGUUUCAAAGCUCAUCAACGUCUUAUAAUCAGAUGCCUCCAACUCAGUCGAUGGCUGAUCCACCACAGUAUCAGCACCACUCCAAUCGCAAGUAUGAAAUUGGCUUUUAG